AGCGAAAUACCUCCGGCCCUCAAUUCCCCAAUCUUCAAUCAAUUCACCUACCUGCCAACCUACCCAUCCAAAUCCAUACCGAUUGACUCAUUCGAUCCCAACUCAACCACCAGCCGGACAGAAGCAAAACACCGCAGAAAUAAUGCAUUCCCGCGCCCCGAUCAGGGCGCCCAACGCUCCCCUGAUCUACCGAUUCGCCGCUACUGGUCUGGGUGCGAGCAUGUGGUUCUUCUUGAUGUACCGCGCACGCAAAGAUGGCGCCGUGUUGAUGGGCUGGAAGCACCCGUGGGAUCACUAGACGAGAAUAUACGCAACGAAAGACGAGAAACGAAAAAAUACUACAAACACUAAAAAAGAAAGAAGAGAAAUGGGCAUGGAACUUUGCGAUGUGGAAUACCGAAUUAGCCGCUGGAUUACUACGACGGAAGGAGUUUGCAACUGCGAUGGUUUCCAAAUAUCCCUUUAACAAUAUAGUCUACAAAGGAGUCGGAAUAAGAAGAGCAAGGUCAUCGAAGUGCCCAAUCCGUGCCAGUGGUGUAUUGCCUAGUCCUACCUACAUUCUAUAUCUAAAAGAGAAAACAAUC